GCAACCUCGGCGCCCAGGGUCUGAGGCUGCAGCCCCAGCUCGCCAUUGUGAGCCGCCGGCGGAGCCAGGCGGCGCCACCGUGCUCCCGGCUCCCCGUCCACGCCGCGAUGGGGCACCUGCCCACGAGGACGCGCGGCGGCCGCCGCCUCCUCCUGCUCUGGCUCUUUGUGCUGUUCAAGGAUGCUACCACAUUCCACGUAACUGUCCGAGAUGAUAAUAGCAUCGCUGUCUCUUUAGAAGCUUCAGACAUCAUGAGUCCAUCAUCUGUGUAUGUUGUGAAGAUAACUGGUGAAUCAAAAAAUUACUUCUUCGAGUUUGAGGAAUUCAACAGUACUUUGCCUCCUCCCGUUAUUUUUAAGGCCAAUUAUCAUGGUCUAUAUUAUAUAAUCACUCUGGUAGUGGUAAAUGGAAAUGUGGUUACCAAGCCAUCCAGAUCAAUCACUGUGUUAACAAAACCUCUUCCUGUAACCAGUGUUUCAAUAUAUGACUAUAAACCUUCUCCUGAAACAGGAGUCCUCUUUGAAAUUCAUUAUCCUGAAAAAUAUAACGUUUUCACAAGAGUAAACAUAAGCUAUUGGGAAGGUAAAGACUUCCGGACAAUGCUGUAUAAAGAUUUUUUUAAGGGAAAAACAGUGUUUAAUCACUGGUUGCCAGGAAUAUGCUAUAGUAAUAUCACCUUUCAGCUGGUAUCUGAGGCAACUUUUAAUAAAAGCACUCUCGUGGAGUACAGCGGUGUCAGUCAUGAACCCAAACAGCAUAGAACUGCCCCUUAUCCACCUCGGAAUAUCUCAGUUCGUAUAGUGAACUUAAACAAAAACAACUGGGAAGAAGAGAGCGGCAGUUUCCCAGAGGAAUCAUUCAUGAGAUCACAAGAUACAAUGGGAAAGGACAGAGUCUUCCAUUUUACAGAGGACACUCCUGAAAUUCCCUCUGGCAACAUUUCCUCUGGUUGGCCUGAUUUUAACAGCAGUGAUUUCGAAACAACAUCCCAGCCAUAUUGGUGGGACAGCGCAUCUGCGACUCCUGAAAGCGAAGAUGAAUUAGUCAGUGUGCUUCCCACAGAAUACGAAAAUAACAAUACACUCAGUGAGACGGAGAAAUCAGUAUCCAGCUCUUUCUCUUCUUUCCCUGUACAAAUGAUAUUGAGUUGGUUACCACCAAAACCACCCACUGCCUUUGAUGGGUUCCAUAUCCACAUAGAAAGAGAAGAAAACUUUACUGAAUAUUUGACAGUGGAUGAAGAAGCACAUGAAUUUGUUGCAGAACUGAAGGAGCCCGGGAAAUAUAAGUUAUCUGUGACAACCUUUAGUUCCUCAGGAUCUUGUGAAACUCGAAACAGUCAGUCAGCAAAAUCACUCAGUUUUUAUAUCAGUCCUUCAGGAGAAUGGAUUGAAGAGCUUACAGAGAAGCCCCAGCACGUGAGUGUCCACGUUCUAAGCUCAACCACUGCCUUGAUGUCCUGGACGUCUCCCCAAGAGAACUACAAUGGCACCAUUGUGUCCGUGGUGUCGCUCACCUGCCAGAAACAAAAGGAGAGCCAGAGGCUGGAAAAGCAGUACUGCACUCAGGUGAACUCAAGCAAAUCUAUUAUUGAAAAUCUCGUUCCUGGUGCCCAAUACCAGGUUGUGAUGUACCUAAGAAAAGGCCCUUUGAUUGGACCACCUUCAGAUCCUGUGACAUUUGCUAUUGUUCCAACUGGAAUCAAAGACUUGAUGCUCUAUCCCUUGGGUCCUACGGCAGUGGUUUUGAGCUGGACCAGACCUUACUUAGGAGUGUUCAGAAAAUAUGUGGUCGAAAUGUUUUAUUUCAACCCUACAACAAUGACGUCAGAAUGGACAACCUACUAUGAAAUAGCCGCAACUGUCUCCUUAACUGCCUCAGUGAGGAUAGCAAAUCUGUUGCCAGCAUGGUACUACAACUUUCGAGUUACCAUGGUAACAUGGGGAGACCCGGAACUCAGCUGCUGUGACAGCUCCACUAUAAGCUUCAUAACAGCCCCAGUUGCUCCAGAAAUCACGUCUGUGGAAUAUUUCAACAGUCUGCUGUACAUCAGUUGGACCUACGGGGAUGACACCACAGACCUCUCCCAUUCUAGGAUGCUCCACUGGAUGGUUGUUGCAGAAGGAAAGAAGAAAAUUAAAAAGAGUGUAACGCGCAAUGUCAUGACUGCAGUUCUCAGCCUGCCUCCUGGAGAUAUCUACAAUCUCUCGGUAACUGCUUGCACAGAGAGAGGAAGUAACACCUCCAUGCUCCGUCUUGUCAAACUAGAACCAGCUCCUCCAAAGUCCCUCUUUGCAGUGAAUAAAACCCAGACCUCGGUGACUUUGCUGUGGGUGGAAGAGGGAGUAGCUGAUUUCUUCGAAGUCUUCUGCCAGCAAGUUGGCUCCAGUCAGGAAGCAAAACUCCAGGAACCAAUUUCUGUUUCCUCUCAUGUCGUGACCAUCUCCAGCCUCCUUCCUGCCACUGCCUACAACUGUAGUGUCACUAGCUUUAGCCAUGACAGCCCCAGUGUCCCUACAUUCAUAGCAAUCUCAACAACGGUUACAGAGAUGAAUCCCAACGUGGUGGUCAUCUCCGUGCUGGCCAUCCUCAGCACACUGUUAAUUGGACUGCUGCUUGUUACUCUUAUCAUUCUUAGGAGAAAGCAUCUGCAGAUGGCAAGGGAGUGUGGAGCAGGAACUUUUGUCAAUUUUGCAUCCUUGGAGCGGGAUGGGAAGCUCCCAUACAACUGGAGUAAAAAUGGCUUAAAGAAGAGGAAACUGACUAACCCGGUUCAACUGGAUGACUUUGAUGCCUACAUCAAGGAUAUGGCCAAAGACUCUGACUAUAAAUUUUCUCUUCAGUUUGAGGAAUUGAAGUUGAUUGGGCUGGAUAUUCCACACUUUGCUGCAGACCUUCCACUGAACCGAUGUAAAAAUCGUUACACAAACAUCCUGCCAUAUGACUUUAGCCGAGUGAGAUUGAUCUCCAUGAAUGAAGAAGAAGGUGCAGACUACAUCAAUGCCAACUACAUUCCUGGAUACAAUUCACCCCAGGAGUACAUUGCCACUCAGGGGCCACUGCCUGAAACCAGAAACGACUUCUGGAAGAUGGUCCUGCAACAGAAGUCCCAGAUUAUUGUCAUGCUCACUCAGUGUAAUGAGAAGAGGAGGGUGAAAUGUGAUCAUUACUGGCCAUUCACAGAAGAGCCCAUAGCUUAUGGUGACAUCACGGUGGAGAUGAUGUCGGAGGAAGAGCAGGACGACUGGGCCUGUAGACACUUCCGAAUCAACUACGCUGAUGAGAUGCAGGAUGUGACCCAUUUUAACUACACCGCGUGGCCCGAUCACGGGGUGCCCACAGCCAACGCUGCAGAAAGCAUCCUGCAGUUUGUACACAAGGUCCGACAGCAGGCUACGAAGAGCAAAGGCCCCAUGAUCGUGCACUGCAGUGCUGGAGUCGGCCGGACGGGAACGUUCAUCGCCCUGGACAGACUCUUGCAGCACAUUCGGGAUCAUGAGUUUGUCGACAUCUUGGGGCUGGUGUCAGAAAUGCGGUCAUACCGGAUGUCUAUGGUACAGACCGAGGAACAGUACAUUUUUAUCCAUCAGUGUGUGCAACUGAUGUGGAUGAAGAAAAAGCAGCAGUUCUGUAUCAGUGACGUCAUCUAUGAGAAUGUCAGCAAUUCCUAGCUCAGAAUCCCAACAAGACAGAACAUGAUGUGUACCCAUCCCCCUUUGCUCCCAGAGUUUUUAGGGCGGCCCUACUAGCCACUUGCUAAAAAAGAGCCCCACUUUGUAGUAUGUGGCCAAGGAGAUAAUUUAUCUCAUAUGAGCACCGGGAAGACUUAGCCUUAAAGAGCCUACUGUGUCUUUUGGACUCUUUCAUUUCUGGACAUUCAAUAAUGGACCAAAUUCGACCAAACACCAGAAAGGUCCAGACGCUCUGCAGAGGGCAAGCAGCACACUUCCGAAGAGUUUCACUGGCCCUUUGCUGGCUGGGCUGAGUUUUUUGUUGUUGUUUUUAAGUGCAAUAAUUUUUGUACCUGUGUGAUUUUAUCAGAACAUUACAUUGUUUUCUGCCCACACUGUUGAUCAAACUCAUAGCCCAAAAAGGAACAGAUAUUGUUAGUGUCACAUGAUACCUCAUUUUUAAAAAGAGGUAUGGCCACACAUGCAGAAAUAGCACUUCUGCUUAAAGGAAGUUGAACCAAUCAUAUCUGUACUCCAACCCAGGCUAUUGAUUAGGAUCGGGGAGGGUAGAUGGGGGGUAGAAAAAGGGGUUCUCCCCACAGAUCCAGCGCGUAUCUUUUCCAAAUAUGAAAAGCUGUAAUUCAGCUUCAAAGUAGAGUAGAAAAAAUAUUUAAGUCUUAAUUGUUCUAGUUUUUUAAUUUAAUUUUUUUUUCUCCUGAUUAAUGGUUCAAUGUUUCUUCCUUGGCCCUCUUGGACUAAUAUCACUGUCCAGAUUCUUUUUCAGCGAACUAGAUCUGAUUCAGAAGACUCUGUGAGGUCUGACUCUUUAGACUCCAUUGCUAAUUGGGCAAUCUUGGUGCCUAGAGUUUGCAUUCUUUUUUCUGUUGACCUGCAUACAUGUAAAAGUUAUUUCUUUGCAAGCUAUGAACAUGCACUUUCCCCCAAAGAGCUGGGAAUUUAUGAAGUUGUGGCAAUGAACUGCAGCAUGCUAGGACAAUGAUUUGGCUACAUUUUUUUGGGGGGGGCGGUAAUAUUGUCAAGCAUCCCUCUGGAUUCCGACAGAGAUCUCUUUCUGUUUUGUGUUCCUUUGGGCUGUCAGUUUCAUUUUAACCGAUGUAACUAGCAACACGUUAUUCUUUGCAUUUUGUAUAAUUACAGUACAUGAUGGUGUCUUGUGACAUGAA